GCCGCGGGUGGUCACCUUGCCAGCGGGCCGCAGCUAUGACGGCCGGGCCUCCCCCCCUGGAACCCAGCGACCUGCCGAUGUUCAGCGAGGAGGGCUUCGGGGACAAAUUCCUGCGCAAGACCCGCGAGAAUCCCUUGGUUCCCCUCGGCUGCCUCUGCACUGUUGGUGUCCUGACCUAUGGACUGAUCAGCUUCAAGAGAGGCAACAUCCGUCGGUCUCAGCAGAUGAUGCGGGCACGUGUCUUGGCCCAGGGCUUCACCUUCGUGGCCCUCCUGGGAGGCAUGGUGGUCACAGCCAUGAAAUCUAGAAAGUGAAGUCAGGCAAGAAAGAAGCUGCAGCUAUGGGUGAUGUGCUCGUGCCCCAGUCGUCAGUAUGGAUUCUGGCUGCAGAUGAAGUUUUCUUAGAGACAGUUGUUGAUGUCUUGGUGGAGCCAAGUGUCAGAGAAGCUGUGUUCCAGAGCACUGGAAAUGUGGGUAAUACACCUCUGUGAUUAACCUGAAAUUUAGGUUGUGGUA